CUCACGAACUCUUUCUCUCCUCUCCUCCCCAAACCCAAAAAAUCCCUUAUCCCCUGGAAGCUAGCCCCCCUCCCUCCAUUCCUCCUCGACCAUGGCGGCGAUGGCGUCCUCCUCCAUCUCCGCUUCCCUCCGCUCCCUCACCGCCGCCGCCCCGGCCUCCCUACUGAAGCCAGCCCCCGCUCCGUUCCUGGUCCUCCUCUCCCCGACCCUCCCCCGCCAACUCCACCUCCGCACCACCCGAACGCGCUUCCCCCUCGCCCCGCUCGCCGCCUCCGACUCCUUUGAGUCGUCCACCGCGGUCGACUUCGCUGAGCCGAGCGCCGAUGCUGAGGAUACGGAGGAGUUCACCGUGGAGGAUGAGGCUGUUGAGUCGGUUGCCGAGGAGGUGGUUACGGAGGAGGUGGAGGAGGUCGGGGAGUACGUCGAGCCGCCGGAGGAGGCCAAGGUGUACGUCGGGAACCUGCCCUACGACAUCGACAGCGAGCGCCUCGCGCAGCUCUUCGAGCAGGCCGGCGUCGUCGAGGUCUCCGAGGUCAUUUACAACAGAGAAACAGACCAAAGCCGUGGAUUCGGGUUUGUGACCAUGAGUACUAUUGAGGAGGCUGAGAAGGCUGUGGAGAUGUUCCAUCGCUAUGAUGUGGGUGGGAGGCUGUUGACUGUAAACAAGGCAGCUCCUAGAGGUGCCCGGGUGGAAAGACCUGCCCGUGACUUUGGUGGGUCUUCAUUCAGGAUCUAUGUAGGUAAUCUGCCUUGGCAAGUGGACGACUCUAGGUUGGUACAGUUGUUCAGCGAGCACGGCAAAGUGGUCGAUGCCAGGGUUGUCUACGAUAGGGAAACUGGGCGCUCACGAGGAUUCGGUUUCGUAACAAUGGCGUCGCAGGAGGAACUUGAUGAUGCUAUUGCUGCCCUUGACGGACAGAGUUUGGAGGGGCGUGCCCUAAGAGUGAACGUUGCAGAGGAGAGGCCUCCGCGAAGGUUUUAAUGAAGAUGUACUUUGGCAGUGGACUACAGCAGGCUUUCUGCUUAAGAGGAUGAUGGCACGGCUGAUUCUGGUUUAGAGUUUAGACCGUCCAUUAUCCUCCCAUCCUUGCCCCCAAUGUCUUCUCUGCCCCCGCUGUUCCAUUUCGCUGUCUGUCUGUUGGUUCCCAGGUCUCAAUUUGUCGAUGCAGUUGGAAAGUUUUGUCUGACAUGUUUAAGCCCCAUGGGUCCUAAACCCAGGAUUCGUGCUCACCAGAUAUAUUGAAAAAAAAGAAUCGAAACUUCUUGUGAUCCUUCUGAUU